AUGGUUAAAGAAACAGUCGGGAAACCGAAAGUCAGAAUUCGAACGCUACUAUGGACGUUUGUGUGUUGUUGUCUAGUAAUCAACUCUGCUUCAGCUCAACAAUACGUAUUUCAAGUUCAAGAAGAAUUAGCGCCUGGAGCUCCUGUUGGGACCAUUAAUACUUCACCAGGAGUAACAUAUUCAUUUGAAGGAAAUCCAUCGCGGUUUACGCUUAAUUCUCAAACCGGUGCCAUUAGUACAGCAUCUCGGAUCGAUCGAGAGACAUUGAGCAAAAAUCCGAUUACUUUGCAAGUUCGUUCGUCGUCCUCGGCAACACUUAUCGACGUGCUUGUACAUGUUGGCGAUAUCAAUGACAAUUCGCCAGAGUUUUCUGCUUCAGUUUAUCUGGUUAAUUUUUGGGAAAAUGUUGUGGUUGGAACCAAGUCUUCGUUAGUAUCAGCGACUGACAAGGACGCUGGACAAAAUGCCAUCAUAGACUAUGCCAUUGUGUCCGGCAACGAAGCUGGGAAAUUCAAACUCGGUAGGAAUUAUACCGAAUGCAAUGACUCCCUGUUGUGUAUAAUCACACAAGGAAAACUUGAUCGUGAGGAUGUAGCUUUUUACGAGUUGAACAUCUCUGCAAGCGAUCGAGGAAGACCUUCGCUGCAUGCAUAUUGUUUGUUGAAUAUUACAAUUUUGGAUUUAAAUGACAACAAACCUGUGUUUACAAGUAACUUGUACAAUGCUACCUUGGAUGAAAACACUCCAGCUGGCGUAGAGAUUUUAUCUGUGACUGCAACAGACUUGGAUCAGGGCUUAAACGGUGAAAUAAUUUAUUAUUUCGUGAACGAUGUAGACAAUCUGAACAAUGAUGCAAGCAUGUUUAAAUUAAACGCCACCUCUGGAGUCAUUAGGACACUCCACCAUCUCGACUACGAACUUAAAAAGUCAUAUAUCUUCGAAGUUUUCGCCAGAGACAAACCUGAAGAAGGACAGGCGAAUGUAAACAAGACAACAGUACAUAUCUUUAUACAGGAUGUCAACGAAAACGAACCAACAAUACAAAUAUAUUAUGUGAAUGCUCAAGUUUCUGAGGCGUCUAAAAAUGGCACAGAAAUUGCAACUGUCGUUGUGCGAGAUCUUGAUAAUCCUCACCCUUCAAAUGACCAAUUUGAGGUGUCUCUUUCAAACACAAAUGGUAGUUUUGCUUUGAGCUUUGUCUUUUCUGCACCCCGCAUAGGCUCCGUGUACAAACUACAGACCAAGGGUUCUUUAGAUCGUGAAAAGUUUGCAACUUACAAUAUCACAGUGACUGCGAAAGACAAAGGAAAACCUGUUCUUUCUGCAUCUGCUCAUGUGCUGGUGUCUGUUGUUGAUGUGAAUGAUGGAGUACCAACAUUUCCCAAGUUGAAUUACCAAGCAUCAAUUAGUGAAAUUGCACAGAAUGGAAGUACAGUUUACUCCGUUCAAGCCUCAGAUUCUGAUGGAGGCUCUAAUGGUCAGAUUUCUUACUCGAUUCUGAGCGGUAAUUCUUUGAAUUGGUUUCAAAUUGACUCACUCUCAGGUCUUAUCAGCACUGCUGCGCCUCUGGAUAGAGAAGUUUCCAAGCAGAUUUCCCUGACUGUGCUUGCCAAGGACAGUGGAUCACCACCUCUUAAUAGCAGCACAGUGGUAACUGUAACAAUUAAGGAUGUGAAUGAUAACAAGCCAACUUUUUCUAGGAGUGCUUACUUUGAAAAACUAGCUGAGAAUUUAAGGCCAGGAACUGUUAUUAUGACAUUAAAUGCAACAGAUGAUGACAGUGGUGAUAAUGGGAAUGUGACAUACAAAAUUGAUUCUGCUUCUCAACAAGUACUGAAUACCUUCAGCCUUAAUCCUCUCACUGGUGUUCUUACUACCAAAGUUAGACUUGAUCGGGAGAUGAAAAGCUCCUAUACUAUUCCGGUGAAGGCUUCUGAUCAUGGAAAUCCUCCACUGUCAUCAUCAACUUUAAUACAUUUGAAUGUUGAUGAUGAUAAUGAUAAUCAUCCAGUAUUUUAUCCUGUUACUUAUGUGGAAACUGUGUUGUCUAAUGCACAGUCCACAGUUAUCACUCAGGUGAUGGCAACAGAUGCUGAUGAUGGAACAAAUGCACAGAUUAUCUAUGCCAUUGCAGCUGGGGAUAAUGGUAAUUUCUCCAUAAAUAGCUCCACAGGGGAGAUUAUAUCAUCACCACCUCUCACCAAAGGUUUUUACAAGCUGAACAUCACUGCUCAAGACUUAGGUGGUCUUUAUGCAAAAACUUCAGCCACUGUUGAGAUCACUGUGCAGGUACAAUCUGAUAACCCUCUUAAAUUUGAGCACAGCAUCUACAAUUUUUCAGUGCAUGAGAAUGUCCCUUCUGGGACGUAUGUUGGAAAAGUUAUUGCUACGACAAAAAACAACAACAACAGCAGCAUUCAGUAUGAAAUCAUUUCUGGUGAUCCGCAACACCAUUUCACUGUGGAUGGUUCUGGUGGAGUUAUUAUGGUCAAUGGACUUUUGGACAGAGAAAAGAAAGCAAACUAUGUCUUAAGUGUGAUUGCAAAAGCCUAUCUCUUGUCAGCAACCACAUCUGUGGAGAUAAGCAUUCUGGACAGAAACGACAACCAGCCAGUAUUCAAAUCUCCUAGUGCUCAAGUGACCAUUGAUGCUAACUGGUCAGUGAACAAACAAAUUUAUGUGGCAUCUGCUACUGAUGAAGAUGCUGGUCUGAAUGGAUUGGUUCGUUAUCAGUUGACUGCUGAUGGUAAUGGACUCUUCAAAGUUAAUGCAACAUCAGGGGUGAUCUCCCUGUCUAAGAAGAUAACCAACAUUGAUGAUUCUGAUUAUGUUGUGCAAGGGUUUGCAUCUGAUGAAGGAGCUCCUCCACUUCGCUCUCCCUUCAUGUUAACUGUGAAGAUUAUCACUUAUCAUCCCCCACAAUUUUUGUUGUCAUCCCUUGUGGCAGAUAUCCCCAGGGAUUUGCCUGUGGGAAAACAUUUUCUUCCUGUUAUUGCGGUUGAUCCAGAUCCUGGUGUCAAUGGAGCAUUAACUUAUGCAAUUGAUUCAACAGGCAAUGAAGAAAAACUGUUUGGAAUUUCUCCUCAUGGUGCACUCUUCGUAAAUAAGGAGCUCAGCAGAGCAAAUGGCACAUCUACCAUCUCUGUUUCUGCAACUGACAUGGGAACUCCACCUCUCAAAGCUUCCAUUACAGUGACUAUCAAUGUGAAGAGCUCAAUGCAGUAUCAAGCCAUAUUUGCUAAUGACACUUUUGAAUUUUUUAUUCUUGAAAACAAACUUCCCGGAACUACUGUUGGCCACCUACUUCUUCACGAAGAUGGUUCUUUGAAAACCAAGAAAAUAACUUUUUCUCUUGUUGAGGUUCAUGAUGAUUUUGUGGUGGACUCUGAUACAGGACGAAUCUUCACAAGAGGAAUGUUUGAUCGUGAAGAACUAGUUGCUCAAAGUGGAAAGAAUGUGUUGACUUUUCUGGUAAAGGCAGAAUACAGUGACACAUCACUCAAGCAAGAUUCUGCAGUAGUGGUUGUGACUGUUAAGGACCAGAAUGACAGUCCUCCAGAGUUUCGCCGUUCAGUGGCUUAUAUCACAGUCCAAGAGUUUUCUGGAUUAGGAGUUGUUUACAGAGUGAUAGCUUCUGACCCUGACGAAGGAGAUAAUGCUAAGUUUAAUUUCUCUAUUGUGGAUGAACCCAAAUCCGAAGUGUUUUGGAUCGACCCACUUAGUGGGAAUCUAUUCCUUAACAGCUCACUUGACAGAGAAAACAUAGAUCAUUACAGUCUAACUGUGCAGGCCACAGAUAUUGCAGAUGCCUCCUUGUUCUCUCAAAAGCAUCUUGAAGUUAUUGUUGGUGAUGCUAAUGACAACAAGCCCAACUUCACGAAGGAGUUUGUCACAGUGAAUGUUUCUGAGAGUUUGCCCGUAUCUUCUCAAAUAGCCGUUGUUCAGGCAACAGAUAGAGAUAUAGGGGUCAACUCUGAGAUUGCCUACGCCAUUGCUUCUGGGAAUUUAGAGGCUGUCUUUGAUAUCAACCACUUGACAGGGGAGGUGUUUCUUACUAAGUCUCUGAACUUUGAAAGAACCAGGAGUUACACCCUGAACAUUACGGCAGUUGAUCGUGGGAGUCCACCCCAGUCUGCAAUGUCAAAAAUUUCAGUGAAUGUCCUUGAUGACAAUGAAGCUCCUGUGUUUGUUGAUAAACUAAAUACCAUCAGAGUUCAAGAAAAUGUCAAUGCUGGGGAGCAGAUUGGACAGUGCUCAGCAACCGAUGAGGACAGUGGGGAACGUGACCGCAUAACAUUCAGCAUUGAUAGCCAAACACCUACGGAAGAAAUGGCAUUUGAGAUAGACCCGUACACCUGUGUGAUUACCACAAAACGAGAACUUGACCGUGAACACACCAGCCUCUACAAACUUGUAAUCAGGGCAAUAGAUGAUGCAAAUGCUCCGAUGCAGCUUUCUGCAACGAAAGAGAUCACUGUUGUUGUAGAGGAUGUGAAUGACAAUAAUCCCAGGUUUGUGACUGCACCAGCUGUUGUAGUGAAGGGUGAUGAAGCUCCCAAUGAUGUGAUAGCAACUCUGUCAGCCUAUGAUAAUGAUGCUGGAACAAAUGGUUUGGUGACCUACAAAAUCACGCAAGAUGUCGACAAUAUUUUCCAAGUAAAUGUCACCACAGGAAAGUUAUCCAUGAGAUCUAUGUUACCUUCAAAGAAUGUUUUCCACCUUACAGUAUCAGCAACAGAUGGUGGAUCACCAUCUCGUAGCACAGAUGCUGUAGUAACAGUGUUCAAGGAAGGAGGACCAAACAGUAACCUUGCCUUCAGCCAGGCAGUCUAUAGCACCUCUGUGUUAGAAAAUGCCAGCAAUGGGACAUCUGUGACUAAAGUCAAAGCAGUUGCCCCUGGAUCACAGAUCAAGUACUACAUCACCUCUGACUCCAGCAAUGGUUCAUUUCUCUUAAAUCCUGACAAUGGCGAAAUCACAACUGCCUUCGAGCUUGAUCGUGAGAGUUUUUCUACCUCGCUUUUUUCGCUGACUGUAUAUGCAGUUGAUUUGACGGGACAAAACCCUAAGACUGGAAAUGUCACAGUUGACAUUUAUCUGAAUGAUACUAAUGACAACAGUCCUGUAUUUGUGUCAAAUGUUUACAGAUCAAGUGUAAAGGCAUACACAUCACCGGCUGUCAGUGUUACUACUGUUUUUGCACUCGACGAAGAUGUUGGCUCAAAUGCGAAGGUUACGUAUUCCAUCGUUAGUGGUAAUGAUGGUAAUGUAUUUCAGAUAAAUGGCUUAACUGGUGUUCUAACCGCCGUUAGACUACUGAACCAGAGUUCCAAAGCUGUGUACAGGUUAACUGUGAAUGCAACAGAUGGUGGAUCACCUAAACGGUUCUCAAGCUGCAGUGUUGUAGUGACAGUCCUUCCUGCUAACAACUAUGCACCACAGUUUUCCCGUCCUUUCUAUUCAUUUAAUGUUCAGGAAGGGACGGCGGUUGGCAUAAUCUUUGGGACAGUCAGCGCCUCAGACCGUGACAGUGGAUCAAAUGGGAGAAUCAGAUACAGCUUAACAGGUAACCACAAGGAUGUGUUCUCAGUGGACCCAAUCAGUGGCAAUUUAAAGGUUGCAAAAUGGCUUGACAGAGAAGAAGUUGAAAUCUAUAUCCUGAAUAUUUCAGCUAGUGAUCAAGGUGACCCAUCUUUGUUUGCUUACACUGAAGUUUAUGUGAAUAUCCUGGACAAAAAUGACAAUGCUCCACAAUUUAAUCCAAGUUCGUAUUCUGUGAGUGUCUCAGAAGCUACUGGAAUCCACUGCAAUAUUUUGACUGUUACAGCUACUGAUGAAGAUUUUGGCUCCAAUGCACUUCUUACAUACACAAUUCUGUCAGGAAAUGAUGACCGCACCUUUUCUAUUCAUCCCAAUGGCACUAUCUAUAACCUUAGAGAAUUCGACCGUGAAAAGAAGAACUCUUACUUUCUCACCAUCCUGGCCAGAGACAAAGCAGUUCCAAUUUCGGCACAACUUUCCAGCACAGCUACCGUGACGGUGGAUAUUGGUGAUAUCAACGACAACAUCCCUUACUUUAUAUCCGGUAAUAUCAGUCAUGUGUCUGAGCAUGCUUCAACGGGUGAUGUUGUCACAACUGUUCUCGUAGUCGAUCUGGACGCUGGAAGUAAUAGCGAGGUUAGCUUCAGUCUCGCCAAUAAUGGUCUGGUUCCCUUUACUAUAGGUUCGAGUGAUGGUGUGCUGCGAGUCGCUGGAAUGUUGGAUCGCGAAAUUCAAGAGGAAUACGUAAUAAAAUUGGUUGCAACUGACAUGGGUGUUCCAGCAAAGCGCGCAGAAUUUGAGAUGACUGUGAUAGUUGAUGACUACAAUGAUCAUGCACCGGUCUUUAAGCCUAGUCCACCUGAAGUGCAAGUUUAUGAGAACAUUUCAAUAGGAAGUGAAGUUGCCCGCUUUUCAGCCACAGAUGAUGACGAAGGAAGCAAUGCAGAAGUGACGUUCAGUGUCGUGGCAGGACGUGGAGAUGGAAGCUUUGAGAUAAAUCCCAGAAAUGGGAUCCUCCGCACCAUUCGGUCCCUGGACAGAGAGACCACACCCAAUUACACAGUUGUUGUGCGAGCAUCUGAUCGAGGAGUGCCGUCCAUGUUUGCAGACCGAGAUUUGGCGAUCUUCUUGCUCGACGUCAAUGACAACACGCCCACCUUCUCUGAACCUUCUUACACGAGACAUGUUACUGAAAACCAGCUACAAAGCAAUGUAAUCAUUUUAAGGGCAGUGGACGAUGACGAAGGCAGAGACGGCAGUGUAACUUACAGUAUCGUCCAAGGUAACGAACGUGGUGUCUUUACUGUCAACAGCAACACUGGCCAAAUAGGACUCAGGGUCUCUUUGGAUAGAGAGGAGCAGGAAGAGUAUAAACUGAGAGUCCAGGCUAAAGAUGGAGGGUCUCCUUCCCUGGUAGGAGAGGCUGAACUCAUCGUAAAAGUGGAUGACGAAAAUGACAAUUCUCCCGUGUUUAGUCCCGACAAACUGAGAGCUUCAGUAAAAGAAAAUGCUCCCGCAGGUACAAGUGUGUUCCAAGUGACUGCAACGGAUGCUGAUACGGGUAUCAACGGAAAAAUUAUAUACUCUCUGUCCAAGAGUUUUGAGUGGUUUGAGAUUGACCGUGAUACUGGGGAAAUAACAACCAAACCCACCGCUCGCCUCAAUCGUGAACUUAACCCAGAGUUUGAGCUCGAAGUGCUCGCCACUGAUGGAGGGAUCGCAAGUCGAGAAGGGAAAGCGUGGUUACAUCUUACCGUUGAAGAUGAGAACGACAAUGAUCCAAUAUUUGAUUCCAAUCUGUACACAGCUACAGUAGCACCAGCAGCCCCUCCAGGUACUUUUAUCAUGAUGGUGUCUGCUACGGAUCAAGAUAUAGGCCCUAACGCGGAAACAGAGUACACGAUAACGAGUGGUUUUUCUCAGGUCUUCAAUCUCGCACCCAAGACAGGUAUUGUCUCAGUGGCUCAAAACGUUCCCCAAAGUCCUUCUUCAUAUACCUUUGGUAUAAAAGCUACUAAUGUCAACGCUCCCCAACGCUCUGCGUCUACUAAAGUCCAAAUUGAUGUGGCGACAGGAACAAUACCAGUAUUUCAACACCUGGACCAGACGAUAACAGUCUCUGAGCAUGCACCAGUGGGCACUGAAUUGGUAACUGUAAAUGCCACCGGUCACAUCAUGUAUUUUAUCGCCGCAGGGAACAUUGGAAAUGCUUUUGAAGUUGGCAAACUUGGUGGAGACGUAACCAUCAAGUCACCUUUGGAUUACGAGGAACGGAAAAACUACACUUUGAUCGUCGGUGCAAAGGCAUCUGGCAGCCAACCACUUUCAGGUUUUGUGAAAAUUCACGUAAAUGUCGCAGACGAAAAUGACAACCUCCCAGUGUUCAGUGAGAACAUUUAUCGAGCGGACAUUCGCGAGGAACUUCCAAUAAAUACAACAGUGCUGUGGGUAUCGGCCUCUGAUGCAGAUUCCUUGGCUUUUGCUAAGGUGGAAUAUAAAUUGGUCCCGGGUAACAUGCAGGCUAGUUCAGCUUUUAAAAUUUCAGCCAAGAACGGGCGUGUCUCCACUAAAAUCCAACUCGAUCGUGAAAAUAUCUCUUCAUACACUUUUAUGGUUCGCGCUGAAGACGUGGCAAACAAAUCCUUGGCAAGCGAAGCCGCUGUGGUAAUUAACGUACAAGAUAUUAAUGACAACAUUCCUGUUUUUGAAGAUCCUCUGACUGCAUCUGUUUACGAGAAUACCACUGUAGGAAGCUUGGUGGCACUGCUUAAGGCUCACGAUGCCGACACCACUCAGGUCAGCACUCGUUUGCAGUUUAGAUUCACUGCCGGUGGAAAUCCAGGCAAUACUUUUGGUCUUGAUACGUACAGUGGUAGAUUGACUCUGAGCAAGAAUUUAGAUCGGGAGAAACAAGCCCACUACACUCUACAAGUUAGAGUGAGUGACUCACAACACAUAACCAUGUCCAACUUCACUGUGACUGUUUUAGAUGUAAAUGACAACCCUCCAAGAUUCAUCUCAGAUCCUGUGACACACCAAAUCCCCGAAAAGUUUGCAGUUGGAGCACCGGCUUUGAAUGUGAGUGCAACUGAUGACGACUUAGGCACCAACGCUGAGAUUUUGUACUCGAUUCGUCCGUCACCUGCAAGCGAUGCAUUCACAAUUGACCGCCAGACGGGUGUUCUUCGCCUCUACAGAGAACUAAUAUACCACAAGCCAAGUGCUUCUGGAAAUAAUAACUUCUAUAAUUUGACAGUGAAAGCAUGGAAUCCGUAUGCGCCAUUCCACGAGAAAACAGUUAAUGUUGUGAUCGAGGUGACCGAUAUCAAUGACCAUGCUCCGGUGUUCGAGUCUUCAUCGUAUGUGUUAUUCGCCGUUGUUCGUUCAACGGCCGGCGAGACGGUUGGUCAGGUGCAAGCGGUCGAUAAUCGGGAUGACGGUGCCAAUGCGCGUGUACGUUACGAGGCAGUCAGUGGAAACGGUACAUCAUUAUUCAACAUAGAUGCAGAUAGUGGGAAUGUUACCGUGGGUGGAACGUUAAACGUCCUAGGUUUAUACCACGUAAGGGUCAGAGCUCAAGACUUAGGAAAGCCAGUUCAGGAAAGUUUUACCAACGUCUACGUGGAAGUUGUCGAAGUCAAUGCCUUCGCUCCAAAGUUUUCACCUGGCCAGACUGUUCUUUCCAUAUCGGAAACAAAGGCUGUUGGGGAUGAAGUUGUCAAAGUUGAAGCCAAAGACCAGGAUACCGGAACGAAUGGUCAAGUAUCCUAUCACAUCGACAGCAGUAAUCCGCCGGGAUUCUUUGGAAUUGGUCGUAAGAAUGGGUCAAUAUAUGUGAUAAAGACGCUGGAUUAUGAAGUUCACAAAACAUUUUUACUUUCGGUUGUGGCUUCUGACGGAGGGAAAAUUGCCCGCACAGACAAGCACACUGUUCAAAUAACAAUCUUAGACGCAAAUGAUAACCGACCAGUCUUCACACCUGAGGAAUACCACGGAUAUAUACCCGAGAAUACAGCUCCUGGGAAGCUGAUAAUUACUGUUACGGCACGAGAUCCUGAUACUGGUGACAGCGGACAGGUUGAGUACAGCAUCUUCAACACCGCAUUACUGGGCUCGUUUGAAAUAAAUUCAGGAAGCGGGGAAAUAAAGAGCAAGGUUAUCUUCGACUAUGAAGUGCAACGGCUUUACGAGUUGACCAUUAUGGCCAAAGAUCGGGGUACACCAUCAUUAAUCUCACAACCAAUGGCCAAAGUUUUCAUUCACGUCACUAGUGUUAAUGAAUUCACACCCAAGUUUAACAAGUCAUUGUUUACGGCUUCUGUGGCCGAGAACGCACCGGUUGGGCAGUCUGUGACACAGAUAUACGCCACUGACCUGGACAAAGGACCCGAUGGUGAAAUUGUGUUUCUACUGGUCGGUGAAAGUAAAGACCAGGGAUUCAAGCUCGACAGAUCAACCGGGGUUUUAAGUGUCUCAGGAGGCUUGGACAAUGAGAAAGCUGGUGUCGUCACCCUUCGUAUUCUCGUCAAGAACGCGUUACAAACGAGUGUGACACCUAAUACCAGCGAUCUGUCAACUGUAGUCGUAACUGUCACGGACGCUAAUGAUGCUCCCCGGUUUCUGCAAAUUGUGUAUAACGCCGGAUUGAGGGAAGAACAAACUGCCGGUCAACUUGUUACCAGUGUCACUGCUGUAGACGAUGAUAUAACCAAGCAGCCAACAGGGAUAACAUAUGGAAUUGUGGCUGGUAAUACUGGAAAUGCUUUUGAAAUCGAUAAAACCACUGGUGCGAUAACAACAGCAAGGAAGUUAGACAGAGAAACUAUUGCUCACUACCGUUUGACUGUAAGUGCUACAGACCAAGGGCGGCCGCCCAUGUCAGGCAACGCUACUGUCAAUGUCAAGGUUGAUGACAUCAACGAUAAUGCGCCACGCUUAUUUUCAAACUGCACGGGUAUGAUCAAGGAAAACCAACUCGCUGGUACCACAGUGGUGACACUGCAGGCUCACGAUCGAGAUAUUGCUCCAAAUCGAGGACCAUACGCUUUUGCUAUCAAUGGUGCUGACUAUGGAAAGUUCCAAGUGAGCAGUAGUAGUGGUGAGAUCACAACCACAGCUGAGCUGGACCGCGAAAAGAUUUCUUCCUACAAUUUGUCGAUCAGGAUCACGGACAGUGGCUCUCCGAAGCUCCAGGCUGUGUCACACUGUCAGAUGCUUGUCCAGGAUGUGAAUGACAAUCCACCCCAAGCAACCUCACGUGUGGUGCAUGUGAAUAGCUUUAACAGCUUUGCAUCGGGGCUAGUAGCUAACGUCCCACCUAAUGACCCGGAUGUUGACGACAAACUGACCUGCAAGAUCAUCCGGGAUGGCGAAGGAUUGUUUAGAUUCACUCCGGGAAGCUGUAUACUGAGUACAAACAAGAGAUACGACGGAAGUGCUGAACUGGACAUAAUGGUGAACGGAUCUGAUGGAAGAUCUGCUGUUGAAUACAAUGUUAAAGUGCGUUUUGUCGCCUACAACUCGUUAACCAUCAACAACAGUGUAACGGUGCGAGUGAUGAAUUCAUCUCCAGAAACUUUCCUUGCACAAUCCUAUCAGAAGUUCAUAGAUGCCAUCAACCGCAUUCUUCCAGCAGGCCAUGUCUCUCAGCUAUUCAGUGUGAAGUCAAUUGCAGGUGAUUUUGUCGAUUUGUCGAUUGCUGUGAAAAAAGCACAUGGCGGUCUGUACAUGGUACGAGAGACUCUCUCUGACCUGCUAAGCCAAAACAAACCGGAUAUAGAGAGAAAUGGUAAAGUACAAAUCCAACAGGUCGACUACACUCCCUGCACUGCUCACAGUCCAUGCCAAAAUGGCGGCGAGUGCACAAGUUACAUUCAAACUCGAGGAACAACGAGCACAUUGACCUCAGUGCCUGUGGUGUUCUUGUCUGUGGAUUAUGACUGGCGCUUUACCUGCGUGUGCAAACCGGGUUACAAAGGAGAGAGGUGUGAGAUCAGCGUGAAAGGCUGCAGCUCCAAACCAUGCAAGAAUGGAGCUACCUGCUUGGAUAGGGACCACUCGUUCGAAUGUUUGUGUCCAGCUGGAUUUAAUGGACCCACUUGCGCCAGUGACAUCAAUGAGUGUGCCAAUAAGCCGUGCAAGAACAACGGACACUGCGAAAACCUGGCUGGAAGUUACCAGUGCCAUUGUAAGCCUGGUUACUUGGGAAAGAACUGUUCGUCUGGGUACGAUUUCUGUCGAGUGUCCUCGCCUUCAAGUUGGUCCCCGCCUAAGUGCACGUGCGCCUCUGGGAAGGCUUGUCGGUGCCCCUGUAUUGGCUUUCAAUCUGUGUCGUAUUUAAAACUGCCAACCCUUAGCAGCCAACAGCAAGGAAAGUUUAAUAACAUCACUAUUGAGUUUUCUACCUCCAAGAGCGAAGGGCUGUUACUCUACAACUCGGACGGAAAGUACAGCUUGGAUUCCGAUUUCAUCGCCAUACAGAUCCUCCGUGGUAAGAUACAGAUGUCGUUUAAUCUCGGGUAUUCCAGGAGCGCAGUUGUGGUGGAAGCUGGUCAGUCUGUGGACGACGGACAAUGGCACACAGUUACAAUUAUAAGAAACAGGAAGGUAUGUGCCGGUUGCUUGAGUGCUCAAAAUAUACUUUCUCCUCACUAUACCAGUACAUUGAACCGAAGACAUGUGCUGAGAAUAACCCAAAUAAUCAACUAAGACCCCAAGACGUAUGGCUGAUGAGAUGACAAAGUCUCAGCACUAAUUUAUUGUCAAUAUGUGGCGAUCAGUCAAGAGAAAUUAUGUUUUAGUGUUGGACCUGCGAACUACCACAGUUUGCCUUUUUCAUUUCCAACAUUGUGUGCGAAACGAAUUUUACCAUUCAGAGAAAAAUCUAUACGCAGAUCACCUGAUGGUGUCAGUAUGAUAAUUAUAAAAGAACUCUUUUUAAGAAGCGCGAGAAAUUCGUGAUUCUACAGGAGACAAGGAAACACUCCUCGCGCGCUCAUUCUUCUUGUGUGUUUGCGUUGUAGUUAACAUGUUUAAACCGACAUUUGUUUAAACCCAUCUAGGAAGGUAAAGUCACUGUUGAUUCGUCCCGCACAGUGUCCGUGGUUUCCGAUGGACAACUAGAGUAAGUAUUUCUAAAGGAAACAUUUCUUAGAAAGAGAUUGUACGAGCAUGCGGUGCUUAUUGAAGAUUUAAGUUAAUCUCUGAGAAUAUAUUUGGCCACAAGCUUAGCGAAUGCUCGUCAUAAACGCAAUGGCCUGUCGGUCAGCGGUAUGGACUUCGAGUCGAGAGUUCAAGGUUCGAGAUCUGGCUUGGUCAUGGUGUUUUGUUAUUUGGGAAAACAGUUAACUAUUACAGUGCCUCCCUCCGCGCAGGAGUGUAACUGGGUACCAGCAAAAUGUUAGAGCAGCCUGACAAAAUACAGGGGGAGGGGUGGGGGUAACCUGCGGUGGAGUGGCAUCCAGGGGGAGCAUUAAUAUUCUUAGUUGCUCCUUGUUACAGAAACCAGGAUAAACUGCGGUUGGAAGGUCAUUUGGCUUAAUUGCAGACAUUUUUAUCGGAUUUUAACUAGUGAUCUUUUUGCCUCGAAGGAAACUAGACUUGAACAACUCGCCGUUGUUUCUUGGUGGUAUAAAGGACUUCGAUCAGUCCCUGGAUCACCCGGGCAAACACAUUCAGACUGAUGAUUUUCUUGGCUGUGUGCGGAAUGUGUUCAUCAACGGCAAGAAACUGGAGCCAAGUGCUGCCACGGAGUCCGGUGGCACCAUUGACAGCUGUCCACGGUUAGACCAGUGUGCUGCAAACCCAUGCGAGAAUGGGGGGACGUGUGUUGAUUAUUGGUUUGAGUACGUGUGUGAAUGUCCGAAAGGAUUUAGUGGAAGGAACUGCGAAAAAGGUUGGUGUGAUUGUUCUGGAAAAGAAUCUCUUAUUACGCAAGUAACGAAAACACAAAAAAAUGUGAAUUUUUGAGUGGUUAGUAUUUUCUUAGUUUUCGUCUCCUACGCUACCAUUUUCAGUGCCUCUCUAGGGCUAAGCCUCAUUGUAUGGUAGCGGCUUUCCUUACAUUUAUUGGAAACCCAGUUCAUCCUGGCGAUUAUUCGUGAUCGAUUUCAAUCGUUUGUUUUUCUUCUUUAUUACAGUGGUACAACCAGUGAAAUUUAGCUCGGAUAGCUUCCUAGUGCUGCAGUUUAAGGACAGUUACCGUCGCGAGCAGCAGCGAAAAGAAAAAGAAGGAAUCUCCUCUCGGAGAAGAAGAACAGUGUCCUCCAACCAGGAACAGUUUUCAUUCAGAUUCCGCACUCGGAACAUGAACAGCCUUCUCCUUCUCGCCAGUGAUUCAACCACGACUGUGUCCUCUGGCUACACUGUGUUGGAGGUAAGCUAAUUUUCUAUCGGCAAUGACUUUGAUUGAACAUUUUUUUAUUUUUCCCCAUUGAAUGAGAACUUUCUAACAACGUACCUAACUCCAAUUAGCAUAAAAGCCACCUACACCUAUGCCAUACACUGUUAUGCGCUUGUUGCCGUUUAAAUUUCUUCGUCCGUAGUUCGCAAUGAAGUUCUUUCGUACCUCUGUAGAGUUACUAAUCAGUUUUUUAACUAAUAAUAAGUUUCCUUUUUAAAGAGCUCGUUUGAAAUCACUUUUCCGGUAUCCUCCCAUGCUGGCAAUUGACUGCGUUCCCACUGUUUCGCAUAGCUUCUGGUCGUGUUUUUACAUGAAAGGCAGCAGUUUGAAGAUCGUGAGUUAUAGGUUUGCGAGUUCUUCCACGGUACUACGUUUUUUUUUUAUAAAUGGCGGCGUCCCUGCAGUAAUUUUUUUUAGCAAAGUACAGCAUUGCUUUGUUUACUUCUUGCUUGAAAACACUCAGCCCUUAUUUACGCCGAUGUUUUUUUGUUACUUUCUUGAAGAUUAAAUCUGGAAAUCUCAAGUACAGCUUCGGAAAUGGGGGUAACAUCGCAAGCUUUGAAGUCAAAUCUUCCACUGUUUCUGAUGGCGAAUGGCAUAAUGUUACUGUCCUUCAUGUUGAUAAGAGCGUGACGGUCACGCUAGACGGUAAUAUUCAUCCAAAGUCAUUCGAAAGUUCAGCACACGAUUUUCUUGGUAAGAACAUAAGAAUCUGGUUCCUUGGUGGUUACGAUUCGUCUAUGUCGGGCUUGAACUUGGCAAAUUUCUCCGGUUGCAUGGAAGAUCUAAACAUCGACGGUUUACACGUGUCGUUCUCGGGACCCAACAAGUUCGCUGCAAUUUCUUCUCAAGGCGGUUCAGUUGGCGAGGGGUGCAAUGGCGGCGGUUUCUGCUCCUCUGUCAUCUGCACAGACCCCAGUAAACCUUACUGCUUCGAAGAAUGGGAACUAGCAACCUGUAUCAGCGACGAGCAGUGUAAACCGAAUCCGUGCGGGGGGAAUGGGACCUGCCAGCCGCAGAAGGACGGUAACUACACUUGUAUGUGCAACGGAGAGAUCGGAGCUUGCACUGCAACCCCAGGUGAAAGAGGCGGAGAUGGUGAUGACAAGUCGCUAAGCACUGGAGUUAUCGCAGCUAUAGCUUUUUUUGCAGUGUUGGUAAUACUUAUCAUUGUAGCAGUGAUUUUCGCUCGUCGGUAUCGACGGCGACAAAAGGCUAACGACAAGACGGCAGCAGAGGGUUUUGACGCGGCUGUCACCGGGGCUGAAGUGGCUGCAGAUGUGCAGGAUGCUUCCCAGAGAACAUCUCCCUCGCACAGCAGCGAUGACAGCGGUGUAGUCAUUCGUAAUCCGAGUCAGAAGUCGUUGACCGAUUUGCGACCGGCUACCCUUCAGAAUGGCAAGGACAUUGUGAUACAUAACGUCGGAGCCCCUGAGGAUUAUCAGAUCAAACUUACGAGAUCCCAGGAGAAAAUCGACCCAGGAUUUUCUGAAUCCGACGGGGAAUUUAUCAUGCGCAAUGACGUGGCCUUGAAGGAGGUGCCUGCUGAUCUAGGAGAUAUCUCAAGGCUGUCACGAACCCCUAAUCAUCGAAGUACGCCAUUGGAAAAGGAGCACUUACGGUCAGCACCGACAAAUAUUCGAUCAAGGAAUCGCGAGCGGAAAAUUCCGAACCCUCACUUUAGGCAUGGCACGGACAAGCGGCAACCGCUAUCCAGAAGUAUCCUGGAUCCGAGAUUGCGCGUGCCAACCACACAGCCAACGAAAUCUUCGAGACGCUUUCGGAAAGGUUCGCUGGGUUCUUCGAGCAGCGACGAACCUGCGGACCUCUCCGAUGCCGGUCACAGGUCGGACGAUAACAACUCUGAAAGACUUGAACACUACGAUAUUGAAGUAGCGAGCCUCGGCUAUAGUGAAGUGUCUUACCAAUAUGAUCCUAAUACUUUCAAAGACCAUUCGUUGAACCGCCAAGAGCCACGGGGAUUAUCAGCAGUAGAGAUCGAGAGACUUCGAAAGCAAGCACCAUCGGGAAGCUUACUUGAUGCAGUGUCCUCAGUUAGUGACGAAGACGCCCCGACAAUCGAUAAGUUGUCGAGCGUUCUCGAAGUUCCCGACACUUCAAGUGAGAGUUCCGAUGAUACUUUUACGUGUAGCGAGUUUGAAUACGACAACGAUGAACCUAGCCGAGAUGAGAAUGAACGCGGUAGUAUGAUAUUCUCUAAGCUGGUCAAUGGAGAUGCGAAGGAGAACGAGAGUACUCCGAGGAGAAAGCCGAACGAGGGACGAGCGUCAAACCGAGGAUCGUUAAGUACUUUAAAUCUGAGUGAUGAUGAAAUUUUACCAAACGCUUUAAAUAAUAAACCAACGAAUGGCAAGAAAGACUUAUUCAACUGGGACGAUGUGUUGAACUGGGGAUUGAGGUAUCACAAUCUUCGAGGAGUGUAUAAAGACAUUGCACAACUGAAAGAUUCUACGAAUGUUGCAAAGAACAAGGACGAAGAGUACGUUUGAUAGAGAGAGAGAAGACGUUAUUUUUUAGGGAACAUUUUAUUUAUUUAUUGAAAUAAGGCUUGAAAUUAUCAAGCCAAGUGUGAGUGGAAGGUGUAUAUAGCAGUAGCGUGUUUUUAGUUGAUU